AUGGGCACCUGGCUCCUGGUCUGCAGCUGGGUCGGCUUGGGAGUCUUGGUGCCCGGAGAAGGAGGCGCAGCCUCUGUGGACUCCCAGCGGUCGCUGCUCCCAGGGCUGGGCCCCAGAACUGUCACCUGCCUCACCAACAACAUCCUCAGGAUUGACUGCCACUGGCCGGCCCCAGAGCUGGGCCCGGGCCCCAGCCCCUGGCUCCUCUUCACCAGCAACCACGCGCCGGGCAGCAGGCACAGGUGUGUCUUCCGGGGCAGCGCGUGCACCGUGGUCCUGCCGCCCGAGGAGGUCAUCGCGCCGUCCGACAACUUCACCGUCACUCUGCACCGGCACCUCUCUGGGAAGGAGCAGGUCAGCCUGGUGGACCCCCAGUACCUGCCCCGGAGACAUGUGAAGCUGGACCCUCCCUCCGACCUGCAGAGCAAUGUCAGCUCUGACUCUUGUGUCCUGACCUGGGGCGUCAGCCCUGCCUUGGAGCCGCUGGCCUCGCUGCUCAGCUAUGAGCUGGCCUUCAAGAGGCAGGAGGAGGCCUGGGAGCGGGCCCAGCACAAGGGUCACAUUGUUGGGGUGACCGGGCUCACCCUGGAGGCUGUUGAAUUGGACCCUGGUUCCACCUAUGAGGCCAGGCUGCGUGUCCAGAUGGCCGCCCUGGAGGACGCCAUGGCGGAGGAGGAGCGCUACGAGGGCCACUGGAGCGAAUGGAGCCAGCCCGUGAGCUUCCUGUCUCCCCAGAGACAAGGCCCCCUGGUCUCACCUCUGAGGCAGCCCGACAGCACCUGGGUCGCCAUGUCCAUCUUUCUCCUGCUGACCAGCCUGACCUACCUCCUGUUCAAGCUGUCACCCAGGGUGAAGAGAACCCUCCGCCAGAACGUGCCGUCCCCAGGGCCCUUCUUCCAGCCGCUCUACAGCGUGCACCGCGGGAACUUCCAGACCUGGACAGGGACCCACAGAGCCGGCACGCAGCCGAGCCAGGGCGGUGUCGGUGCCGCCCAAGGAGCCUCGGAGUCCGGCGCCCGGGAGGCCAUUGCGUUGCUUAUCUAUGAGCCGGCGCAUCCCUGGCCAUCCAUGGGCCUGGAGGAGGAGGGCCCUGGCACUGCGCUCCCGGCCGAUGUGUUGCCUGCAGCCCUGGAGUGUGGAGAGCGGCUGCCUGCCUACCUGCCGCAGGAGGAGUGGGUGCCCGCGAGCCCCGCCAGGCUGGCGCCCCCCCAGUCAGAGGGCAGCAGCAGCAGCGACUACUGUGCCCUGGGCUGCUACGGGGGGUGCCACCCCCCACCUUUCCCAGGAAACUUGCCGAGUUCUGGGCCCAUCUGUGCCUCGGCCUGUGGACUUUCCUGCGACCAGCAGAGCCUGGCUGCCAGGCAAGGAGGCAGCUCUGUGGGAGCGGGUCUCGGUCAGGGGCCAGACCUUGGGGAACAGGCCGCGUGCGGACCCCAGGCGUGUCCAUCUCCCAUCCUUGGCAGACAGUGGGCGCCGUCCUGA